AUGAACGAUAUGAAUUAUAAACCAUCCAAAUGUUUAUUAGAUGAUUAUCAACUCACCCACAAAUCCAUCAACACUUUAACUUCUUCAUCAUGGUCAGGUUUAGGAUUAGAUUCAAGGUUAAUCCAAAACAUAGAACUUGAAGCUCAAUUACUUGAUCAUCGAAUCAUUUCUACCAUCUUAAAGAUCCAUCAUCUAGAAUUAUACAUACCAUGCCAUCCAAACUCAUCAACAUCAUAUCUAAUUGGAAUCAUCAAUCUGACGAUCAUCAAUUCAUACGAACCUACCAAGCUUUCAAGGAACCCUAACCAACUUAAUCCUUCUACUCUUUUGGUUUGUCUUUCGUCUGUCAAAUUAAACCAACUUGGAAAAUCUAUUAAAAGCUUAAUUGAUGGGAUCCAAGAAAUAUGUUUGUAUGAACUUAAUGAUCAAUCAUCACUUUCGAACACACUCAAUGAUCUUGAAAACUUAUCAUCAUCAACACUGUCACCUAAUUUUUUAAUUUCAAAUUUAAAUAAACUUUUGAUUUUAAUUGAAAAGAGGAUAUGUUAAUUUGAUGAGGAAUUAAAGAGNUUAAUCAUCGAUUUAAGAUUAGAUACCACCACGUCUAAAAUCAAUCAUCAUUAUAUAUCAGAACUCAAUUUAUUAUUGAAUUAUAUCCCUUCAAAUGUUCAAUUGAUUUUUAUUUCUUCUACUACAUUCGAUCAAGAAAAAAACAUAAACUUAUCUUACCUUAUAGACCAAUCUAUAAACCGAUCAAUCCAUCAUAACUUAUUAAACUCAUUAUCUUUAAACGAGAAUUCUAA